AUGAAGAUAGCACGUCAUAUCUACCUCAACCGCUUUCUGGCCAUCCUGCAAGUGAUCGCGUUUCUGUCAACUAGCGUGUGGUCGCAAGAUGUCUACACACGCUUUCGCGUGGAACAAGGCAGCGGGCCUAUCACACGGACUGGCAACACAGGCGGAUCUUGUGAGGGCAUCGACGUGGAAAAAGGGUUUGACCUGGCAGCGGUGUAUAGAGAAGCUAUAGAUAUGGCAGCCGUGGCUGUCGUAUCUAUGGACAAUUACGCAUCCGAUGCAACAGUCAGAGCGAAUCUCCAAACAUGGUUUGCAAUCAAGGAGGACCCUACAACACACGCUGUUUCAGCAGCAAGUGUUGCUCGUUUCGCGAAAGUGAGAAGAUAUUUUCAAACAGUCAUUGACGAAUCCGGAACGCCGCACAAUGGAGCUAAUCCGGCGCUCUUCUGCUCCGAAAAAUGGCGCUGGAGAACCCGAUGGGUACACGAUUCCCAAACGGGAAAGAAGACUGGGAAUCUUCUAAAAGAUGACUUCGGAGUUGAUUGGUUAGUAUGGUCUCCCCUAUUCAAAGGCUAUUCCCAAGAAAACAUCAUGUGCCAAGGGGGAACUUUCGCUUUCACGUCUCACGGGGAGUGGCAAUCGAUUACAUUCUGUCCUCUAUCGUUUGAAUAUUCACGUAGAAAACACACAUUGGCUCAGUGGAGGAAUGGCCAGCAAACAAUUGCCGACGGGACCAAUAUGCAAAUGGCGCUUUCAACACCAGCUGUAUUCUUACACGAGCUCAUGCAUAUGGUGAAUAGGGCGAGGGAUGUCAAGUUCGCUAAUCCCUCUAACGGGAAAUUCGAGACCGCAUAUGGCGCCGUCUUAACAGGGAGCCUGGCUUUAGCUGCUCCUGAUGAGUCGGCCAAUAAUGCAGACAAUUAUAUGUGGUGUGCGACUGCUAUGUAUCUCCCCCAAUAUGACUGGUCACGGGUUAUUGCGGGUAAACGAACGGCGAAUGGUGCCGCUGCCCGUCGUUCUAUCUCGGCUGAAGCCCAUGGCCGGAAACAUACACAUCAUUCGGGGAAACGCAGGCAAAUAUAG